AUGGACAAGAUCUUGGCUUUCUCGAUCCUGAGGUCCUCGCCGGCGGACAUCACGGGUGCCGGGUACGCCACGCGCCUUUCCUGGCGGAGCCGCAGCUGGCAGCAGCUGGAGAAAGCCACGAAGAAGCCGCGGCAGGAGGAGAAGGUCGACCAAGUCUCUCCGCCACAGAUAAAGCGGGAGGUGCGUUUCGCACCGGAGUUUGACGGCAUCAACUGCUUCGAGUCCAUGAUCUCAUUCUGA